AUCCAAUUAAUUCUCAACCCCACAAAUGCUUCGUAAAUGUUAGCCAUCGCCAACGACGACCAGAACCGGCUGCCGGAGCAGACCGAACCGGAUCCGGCAACCCCAAGAGUUUUGUCAAUCUUAUCCGUUGUUCUGGAAAGACUAGUGAACCGGAACGAACUGUUGGGUUUAAGCGGAGGACGGCUGGGGAAGAACUUGGAGGCGUUCCACGGCGUCAGACCGCCGGCAAUCAGUAUCCCCAAAUAUCUAGACCGGAUAUAUAAGUAUACCAACUGUAGCCCGGCUUGUUUCGUGGUGGGGUAUGUUUAUAUAGACCGGUUGGUUCACAAACACCCCGGUUCACUGGUGGUCUCAUUAAAUGUUCAUAGACUGCUGGUUACAAGCAUCAUGUUAGCCGCAAAGAUUUUGGAUGACGUGCAUUACAACAACGCAUUUUAUGCUCGAGUCGGGGGAGUGACGAAUGCCGAGUUAAAUAGGCUCGAAAUGGAGUUCCUUUUCAUGUUAGAUUUCCAGCUCACGGUUACCUCUCGUGUUUUCGAGAGUUAUUGUCUACAUUUGGAGAGGGAAAUGGUAAUAUGGAAUAUUACAAUACCGAAGAUUGAAGGGGGAAUUCAUACAAAUACGAUUGAAGACAUUGCUGAAAUUUCAGUGGAAGACAUGGAAAGUUUCUCCUCACCUCUCUCCAACGGUGGACUUACAUGAAAACCGAGAUUUAUAUUUACAUAUUGUAAAAUUACCAUAAUGUCCUUUUUCAAUGAUGAAUGUGACAAUUUAAACGAUCACAAUUGCAUACAUCCAAUUUUGAGUUCUUGGGUUC